AUGACCGGUUCGGCCAUGUACGAACUCGUCCGUGUCGGCCACGACGAGCUUGUUGGUGAGGUCAUUCGUAUCGACGGAGACAAGACAACUAUUCAGGUGUACGAGGAAACCUCCGGAGUUACGGUCGGGGACCCCGUCUUGCGUACGGGGAAGCCUCUGAGUGUUGAACUCGGCCCUGGUCUCAUGAGUAACAUCGUCGAUGGUAUUCAGCGGCCACUGCGAGGCAUUCAAGAGCUAUCCAAGUCCAUCUACAUCCCAAGAGGUAUUAACACCGACGCGCUGGACCGCUCUCUGAAGUGGGAUUUCACCCCUACUGAUAUGAAGAUCGGCGACCACAUAUCCGGAGGCGACAUCUUUGGGCGCGUCUACGAGAACUCUCUCGUUGACAAGCACAAGAUUAUGCUUGGCCCUCGCGCUCGUGGUACCAUCACUCACAUCGCGGAGCCUGGCAGCUACGCUGUCGAUGACAUUGUUCUUGAGACCGAGUUCAACGGCGAGGUCACCAAGCAUGCCAUGAUGCAAGUGUGGCCCGUUCGCGCACCACGCCCUGUCGCCGAGAAGCACACCGCGGACUACCCUCUGCUCACUGGCCAACGCAUCCUUGAUGCACUCUUCCCUUGCGUGCAGGGAGGGACGACGGCGAUUCCCGGAGCGUUCGGUUGUGGCAAGACGGUUAUCUCGCAGGCUCUUUCGAAGUUCUCCAACAGUGACAUCAUUAUCUACGUCGGCUGCGGAGAGCGCGGUAACGAGAUGGCCGAAGUACUUAUGGACUUCCCUCAACUCACUAUGGAUGUUGGCGAUCGUCAAGAGCCCAUCAUGAAGCGCACUACCCUUGUCGCCAACACCUCCAACAUGCCUGUCGCUGCGCGUGAAGCCUCCAUCUACACCGGUAUCACCCUUGCGGAAUACUUCCGUGACCAGGGAACCAACGUCUCUAUGAUGGCCGACUCGACUUCACGUUGGGCCGAAGCUCUUCGUGAAAUCUCGGGUCGUCUUGCGGAGAUGCCCGCUGAUUCCGGAUACCCUGCAUACCUCAGCACUAAGCUCGCAAGCUUCUACGAGCGUGCGGGCAAGGUUACUUGCUUGGGUAACCCCGUGCGUCAAGGGACGGUCUCGAUUGUCGGCGCCGUCUCGCCGCCGGGUGGUGACUUCUCGGACCCGGUCACGGCCGCCACGCUCGGUAUCGUGCAGGUCUUCUGGGGUCUGGACAAGAAGCUCGCCCAGCGGAAGCACUUCCCGUCGGUCAACUGGUCGUUGUCGUACUCCAAAUACACUAAGGUGUUGGAGCCAUACUACGAGCAGUCGGAGCCGGGCUUCGUCGAGCUACGGAUGAAGACGAAGGAGAUCCUGCAGAAGGAGGAGGACCUCGCUGAAAUCGUGCAGCUGGUCGGCAAGAGCGCGCUCGGCGAGAACGACAAGAUCACGCUCGAGGUCGCGAGGAUGCUCAAGGACGACUUCCUGCAGCAGAACGGUAUCUCGGAGUACGACCGCUUCUGCCCCUUCUACAAGACGAGUGCGAUGCUCCGCAACUUCGUGGCGUUCCACGACGCGGCGCAGAAGGCGGUUGGCGGCGGGGACCUCACGUUCGCGAAGAUCCGCGAGUCUGCGAGCGAUAUUAUGUUUAAGCUGUCGCAGAUGAAAUUCGAGGUACGUCGCGGUGACCCAUGUACAAUUUUGGCCGGUGGCUCACUCCAAGACUCCAAACUGCGCCAGUCGCCGUCGCAAGGCAAAGAGCCGAUCAAACAGAAGAUGGACGCGCUGCAUGGCGAGAUCCAGGAGAAGUUCCGGCAGAUGGUAGAGUAA